AUGGAGUCGUCGUUAUCAAUUUGGGAAUACACUGUAAUCCUCUUUAUGCGUCCCUUUCUCGCCAUAGCUUUCGUUCUCUCCUUAAUCGCUCUAGGUUGGUAUUUGGCAUGGAAAUUGGUGCUAGUUCAUGUUCCGUUGGUUCAAGAAAUUUUUGGCUUAAAAAAGAAACCUCUUCGGUCUAAGCCCCAAACUGGUCGUCUUUCCAAAAUUUACAGCACCAUUAAUGCCCCAACUUCACCUCCCACUUAG